AUGUUUAAAGGUAAUUUUCGUGGUCGUGGAUCGAUCGGUUCGAAUCGAUCAUUUAGGAACAAUGUACAACAAAUACACACAACACAACGAAAAUCUUGGAAAACAUCUGAUGAAUACAUUGAAGAAAUGAGUACAUUAAUAUUGAACAACGCUACAACAUCGGUUUUAUUAAUAUUAGAAAAUAUUCGUUCACAAGAAUCUUUAGCAGAUUAUAAAGACGUUUUAACAAAAUUGUGUAAAAAAUUAAAAGAUCCAUCAUUCAUAGGAAUAGGAAAAUUAACUCGAAAAACUUUCGGAACAAGACGAAAUUUUUUAAUUUCAUCUUUUACAGAUAUCAACAAUUGUUGUUUAACUAUAUUUUAUUAUAUCGUUAGCAUAUGUCAUAAACUGAAUAUUGAAAAUUCGGAAAUAUGGUUGAAUUUAUUAAAGAACAAGCUGACACAAACACUACCUUUUUAUCGUUAUUUAUCAUCAAAUAAUAUUCAGAUUCCUCUCACAGUUUGUACAAAUAUAACAUCUGAUUUAAGUUCUUUGUGCAAAUCUUGGCCGGCAAAAAUGAAAGUGAAUCUAAUUUAUAUGGGCUUUACUGAUUUAUUAACAUCGUCAGAUUUUUUACAUAUUGCCGAUUGGGAAAAGUUGAUGUGUCGUUUGAAAAUGCACGGACAAGAAUUUUAUUUUGAUAAUGAACCGUCAAAACGAUUGAAACCAACUUUAUUGUAUGAACAAAUAGAUACACCCGAAAAAUUAUCCUUAUUUAUAAAUUAUUUUCCAGAAUAUGACCUCAAUCAAUUGACAACUGAAAGCGAAACACUAUUUGAUGUAUUGAUUCGUAUGCGGGCAUUUUUCUAUUUGAACGAUGACAAGAAUGCAAAUGUACGGGUUCAUUUGUCAAGAUCAUCAAGAAAUCGCCAUAAACAAGACCAGUUUGGUCCGAAUGAAACAAGCAAAUAUCGUACAUUACGAAUAUUGAAAUUAUUCAAUUAUUUUGUUUCGAAAGAUGUUAAACUGUCGAGUUCAGUGUUUGAACAUCCAUUACCAAGUUUCUCUCGCAAUUAUUUUCUUCAUACAACAGUUGGUUUAUAUGUUUUGGCAUGUCUACGUAUAGAAGAUUUAUUUUGUGAUUUAUCAUCAGUAGAAAAACGUAUGCGAAUUGAACAAUUUAUUGAAACUACUAUUUCAUGUGCUACGUGUUUUGAUCCGGUGUUUCAAAACUUUUUACUCCAUCAUUUACAUUCAUCAUACAAAAUAACACAUAAUCAAAAAUUUAUUGAAAAAAUUCGAUCAAAACGCAAUCUAUCAUUGAACCAAAUGUACGACAAAUUGUUUCAUUCAAAACUCAGUCUUAAAGAACAGUGUCGUCUAGUCAUUAAAGAUCGUAUUAAAUCAUAUCCAAAUGAUGUAAAAAAAUUAUCUAUAUUACCGUUGACAUUGAUUAAUUACUGUACGUAUGAUUUUUUCGAUCCAAAUUAUGCACAAAUUGUGAAUGAUAAAGUGACAAAACAUGGUGGAAAAGUGAUGCCUAAAUCAGGAACUGAUACUGAAGUGAGUAAUAGCGAUAAUAAUGAGAUGGAUAUGUAUUUUAUAAGUGACAAUAGUGGCGAUAGUGAUGAUGAUCAGUAUGAAAGCAUGAGCGAUAGUGAUAUUUAUUAG